AUGCCCGACCAUAUCUCCAGCAUCUGUGCCAAUCAUGUGGCCAAAAUUCCGUUUGUAUUAGCAUCAGAAAAGUACAAUCGACAGUUCUGGAAGGUCCUCUUACAUACCAUUGUGCUAGGAACGAAGCUGCUAGCUCGAUCUGCUGCUCUUCUUGCUGCCCUCAGCCUGAGGAUGGGGAUUGUGCCGCUCAUUGAAGUAGCAGAACAGGAGAUGCUUGCAUUCAAAGACAGACGGAAUGACCCUGCAAUACCUUAA